GGUAUCAGAGCCAAAAUCCUGAGAUAAUCUUUGUGUCUUGUUCCUUGUCUUGCUCCAAGAUCAUAGUAUUCUUGUUCUUGUAUCACUUGUAUCUUGCUAUCAUAGUUUCUUGGACCUAUUCUCUUAGUUCUUGGUUCUGUUUUCUUGGAUCUAUUCUUGUUUUCUGAUUGAACCAUGUCUUUGGAAAGAUCAGAAAAUUUUUUUGUUCGAUUUAAUGGCAAAAAUUAUUCUGCCUGGGCAUUCCCAUUUGAGCUCUUUGUCAAGGGAAAGGAACUAUGGAGUCAUAUCAGUGAUUCUGCACCUGACAAAGAAAAGGAGAAGGAGAAAUAUGCAAAAUGGGAGGUAAAGGAUGCUCAGAUUAUGUCCUGGAUUCUUGGAAGUGUGGAACCCUCCAUACUUCUCAGUCUCAAGCCUUAUAAGACCUCUAGAGGAAUGUGAGAUUACUUGAAGAACGUCUACAACCAAAGCAACUCAGCACGAAGGUUUCAAUUGGAGCUUGAGUUGAGCCAACUCAGUCAAGGGAGUAUGUCAAUCCAAGAGUUUUAUUCUUCAUUUGAAACUCUUUGGACUGAAUACACUGAUAUUGUGUAUGCAAAUGUUCCUUCUGAAGGACUAGUUGCUGUACAAAAUAUCCAUGAAACCAGCAAGCGUGAUCAGUUUUUAAUGAAGUUAAGGGGGGAGUUUGAAACAAUCAGGUCUAACCUGAUGAAUAGACAGUUAGUUCCUUCAAUGAAUAUUUGUGUAGGAGAGCUUCUCAGGGAAGAACAACGGCUCACUACACUGGCUGUCUUGGAGCAGAAAGCUCAAAAUUCUGCUCCAAUUCCUGUUGCCUACGUUGCCCAAAGGAGAUCUAACGGAGGCAGAGAUAUGACUAAUGUCCAGUGUUAUAGUUGCAAGAAUUUUGGUCACUUUGCCAAUAAUUGUACUAAAAAAUUCUGCAAUUAUUGUAAGAAAGCAGGGCAUAUCAUCAAAGAGUGUUCCAUUCGGCCUCCAAAGAAACAUGAAACUGCCUACAAUGUCUCGGUUGGUCCCUCUAGUGUCUCCAAUGCUGGUCAGUCUACGAUUACCCCUGAAAUGGUCCAACAAAUGAUAGUUUCUGCCCUAUCAGCCUUUGGUUUUUCAGGAUCAAGUGUCCGGGAAAAUGAUCGCGAAGGGGCCUAAAGUGGGACGUCUUUUUCCCUUGUUUUUGUCUCCUCCUCCAGUGUCAAAUUAUGUUGCUUG